CCGCCAUCCGCUUUUACUAUGAUGCCGCCGACGACACCUGGAGAGCCAAACAACCGGCGACGUUUGUCUGAGCCGUUCAUGCAUGGGAUAUACUGCUGGCGCUACCGAGAAAAGAAUAGGGAGUACCUCCAACGCAAGACACGGGAAGCUAUGUCCCGCCUGUACUACGGCGUUGGUGUGGAUCCUGCUGUCCACGAGGAACGUCUUGAGCGUCGCAAGCAGGCUGCGGCCAAGUAUCGAGAACAGAACCGUCGCAAGCUCAAGCUCAAGGCGCGAGAGAGGCGGCAAAUUGCCCGGGAGGGUAGUGCUACUGCCGUGUAGUCGAAAUUUGUGUCAAUAUGAUCAUACCUGUCAAUGGGGGUCCAACUGUGCCCCGCGUUCGACUACACCGCUGGAGGAUAUCCUGAACAAGUAUGCACAGUCCAUAAUGACAUUGGACGACAUGUCCAAUGUCCGCUGUCGGCGACAAUGGACUUGAGACUCAGCCGCCACCGUCCGCCGGAAAUGUUGUGCAGAAUCCCUUGACGCUGAAGUGUCUGCUGACUAGGGUGUACGUCUGACUACUGAAAACCUG